CCGCCUAUUCCUCCCUCCCUCUGCCUCCCUUCCCCUCCCCCUUCCAUCCGAAUGAUAAAGGGUCUGGCCCGCCAGGACCGCGGGCCUCAGGCCCCCAGCCUUUCCUCACCACACUGCCCCAUUGCCUUGCCUCCACCGGGCCAGGCCCCUGCCCAGCUUGGGUGCCUACCCUACAUGGGGCCCUGCAGCAGCCCACGCCUAGGGCUUCCUGGGUCGGACUCGUCCUCCCAGCCCCCCAAGAGGAGGAAGAAGAGAUACCUGCGGCAUGACAAGCCACCCUACACCUACUUGGCCAUGAUUGCCUUGGUGAUCCAGGCCGCACCCUCCCGCAGACUGAAGCUGGCCCAGAUCAUCCGUCAGGUCCAGGCCGCCUUCCCCUUCUUCAAGGACGACUACGAGGGCUGGAAGGAUUCCAUCCGCCACAAUCUCUCCUCCAACCGAUGCUUCCGCAAGGUGCCUAAAGAUCCGGCCAAGCCGCAGGCCAAGGGCAACUUCUGGGCAGUCGACGUGAGCUUGAUACCGGCUGAAGCGCUGCGGCUGCAGAACACCGCCCUUUGCCGGCGCUGGCAGAGCAGGGGCGCGCGGGGAGCCUUCGCCAAGGACCUGGGCCCCUACGUGUUGCACGGCUGGCCCUACCGGCCGCCCAGUCCCCAGCUGCCGCCCAGUCCCCAGCUGCCACCCAGUCCCCAGCCACCACCCAGUGAGGGCUUCAGCAUAAAGUGUUUGCUAGGCGAUACCAGGGAGGGGGCACCACGAAGCAGCCCAGGUCUUGCAGGCUCUGGGCACAGUGGGGAGGUGAUGCCCACUCCACCCCUGCCCUCUGAGAGGCCUCUGUGGCCCCUCUGCCCCGUUCCCGGGCCCAGGAGAGCAGAUGCGGAGACUUCCCAGGGGGGAACCAGCAGGCCCUCGCCCCUCUCCCCUGAGCACAGAGCCUGGCCCCUCCACUUACUGCAGGGUUCUCCAGAGCCUGGGGCGCUGUCCGCUGGGAGUCACAGGGCCUCACUUUGGGGGCAGCUGCCCACCUCUUACUUGCCCAUCUACACUCCCAAUGUGGUGAUGCCCUUGGCUCCACUACCACCCACAUCCUGUCCCCAGUGUCCACCUUCAACCAGCUCAGCCUAUUGGGGGGUGGCCCCUGAAAGUCAGGGUCCCCCAGGGCUGCUCUGGGAUCUAGAUGCCCUCUUCCAGGGGGUACCACCCAACAAGAGCAUCUAUGAUGUGUGGGUUAGCCACUCCCGGGCCCCAGCUGCCUCCACCCCAGGCUGGCUACUCUCCUGGUACAGCCUGGGAGGCUCCUAG